UCGGCUAAAUGCGUGUGGAUGUGGGGGGAAGGACGAUGCGUGUUUUGGGGCUCUAAGUGCUCAGCCUGAGUCUCGUACGGGAUCCUUCUUCGGGCUCAGGUGCAGCGGAGUGGACAUGACGGCCGGUGUGACGCGCGGGCUAUGCGGGCUUUUCUGCCUGUCCCUGCUGCUUCCCAUAGCGUGGGCUUCACAGAGCGCCAGCGAGCCCAGUAACAUGUCGUAUGUAAAAGCCACGGUGGAUAAGCUGUUGAAGGGCUAUGACAUCCGCCUCAGGCCUGAUUUUGGAGGUGCACCUGUGGACGUUGGCAUGAGCAUAGACAUCGCCAGCAUUGACAUGGUCUCUGAAGUGAACAUGGAUUACACCAUCACCAUGUACUUCCAACAGUCUUGGAGGGACAAGCGCCUCUCCUACACGGGCAUCCCCCUCAACCUGACCCUGGACAACCGCGUGGCCGACCAGCUGUGGGUCCCAGACACUUACUUCAUCAAUGACAAGAAGUCUUUUGUGCACGGUGUGACAGUCAAGAACCGCAUGAUCCGACUGCACCCUGACGGCACCGUCCUGUAUGGGUUAAGGAUCACUACCACUGCAGCCUGCAUGAUGGACCUGCGCAGAUACCCACUGGACGAGCAGAACUGCACUUUGGAAAUAGAAAGCUAUGGCUACACCACAGACGACAUCGAGUUCUACUGGCAGGGAGGAGCCAACUCCGGCUCUGUGACCGGAGUGGAGAACAUUGAACUGCCACAAUUCUCCAUCAUAGACUACCAGACCCUCUCCACCAAAGCAGUGUUUGCUACAGGUUCGUACCCCAGGCUGUCCCUGAGUUUUAAACUGAAGAGGAACAUUGGUUACUUCAUUCUGCAGACCUACAUGCCCUCCACCCUGAUCACCAUCCUGUCCUGGGUCUCCUUCUGGAUCAAUUAUGAUGCUUCUGCUGCCAGAGUUGCAUUAGGAAUCACCACGGUGCUGACCAUGACCACCAUCAACACCCACCUCAGGGAGACGCUCCCCAAGAUCCCCUACGUCAAGGCCAUAGACAUCUUCCUCAUGGGCUGCUUCGUCUUUGUUUUCCUGGCUCUGCUGGAGUACGCCUUUGUCAACUACAUCUUCUUCGGCCGAGGUCCUCACCUGCAGAAGAAAGUGGCGGAGAAGGCCGCGAAGUCCAACAAUGAGAGGAGGGGCAUGGAGAGCAACAAGGUGCAGGUGGACGCUCACGGCAACAUCCUGCUGACGAGCCUGACCGGCGAGAUGGGCGGCGCUGACAUCAUGGGCGCCCUCACGGACCCCCGAGCCACCAUGUUCUCCUACGACAGCGCCAGCAUCCAAUACCGCAAGCCCAUGACCAGCCGGGACCUGUACGGACGGCCAGCCAUCGAACGCCCCCUCAGCCACAAGAAGGGCAGACUGAGGAGGAGGGCAUCCCAGCUCAAAGUCAAGAUACCCGACCUCACCGACGUCAACGCCAUAGACAAGUGGUCCCGCGUGGUCUUCCCCAUCACGUUCACCCUCUUCAACCUGGUCUACUGGCUCUACUAUGUGCACUAAGCAACCAGCAAUGCAGUAAUAAGUUAUAAGGGACUUGUUUUGAACAUAUAGAAUGAAAAGUCACAAAUCAUGUAAAUAUGAUGUAAAUGUAAAUUAUAUAAAUAUAUAUAGAGAGAAUACUUUAUAAAAUGCUUUUUUAGUUACUGGGAUAGGCUCCAGUACACGCCGCCCACAGAAUAAGCAGAUAAGGUGAAUGAAUGUACAUGCUUUUUUGCUGUUUGUUAGCUCAUUUAAAAUACAACUGCACAGGAUACACGCAGUUACUAUAUGCAGUCAUACAUUCUUUCUCUUCUAGAUGGUAUUUUUCAUAUUUUAAUGUUGCAUGUGUAACUUUUUCCUUAUUCUAAUAGUUAAGAAAAUGAAUAGAACCAAGAAGAGUUUGCAAAUGGGUAAAUAAAAGUUGUUGAAAAAUGUCUGUACAGUUGUGUUAUCACGAUGUUAAUAUGUCAAACUCGAUUUCGAUACUAAGGAAUGGACUCAAAAUGCUCAAUACUGAUUUCGA